AUGUUAUCCGUAAAAGCAUUCGGUUUAUUGGGUCAUCGCAAAAGUAAUGAGAAAAUCCAGGAGUUCGGGGUAAAUCCAGGCCAUGCACAACUCUCAGUAAUAGAUUUUGAAUUGCAUUCCGGCUAUCUGUCGCCAAAACAUUCCCUUUGUGUCAAAGAUGCUGCACCCCUAUCGGAAAUCGGCUUGAAAACAGACAGUGAUAUGCCGGGAACUUCGUCACAACAGAGCAACGCAGUGAUGAACCCAGCAAAAACCCAGGAAGAAAAACCCAAAAACGCAAAACCUAGUGAUGAACCCAGGAAGAAGAAACCCAGCAAAAUAACGUUUAGCAAGAAGGAUAUGAUGUUGAAGAAUCGUAAUUGUUCCGGGAAGGAUAAGAUGUUGAAGAAUCGUAAUUGUUCCAGGAAGGAUAGGAUGUUGAAGAAUCGUAAUUGUUCCGGGAAGGAUAGGAUGUUGAAGAAUCGUAAUUGUUCCGGGAAGGAUAAGAUGUUGAAGAAUCGUAAUUGUUCCGGGAAGGAUAGGAUGUUGAAGAAUCGUAAUUGUUCCGGGAAGGAUAAGAUGUUGAAGAAUCGUAAUUGUUCCAGGAAGGAUAGGAUGUUGAUGCUGUAUAAUUGUUCCAGGAAGGAUAUGAUGUUGCCGAAUCGUAAUUCUUCCAGGAAGGAUAGGAUGUUGAUGCUCUGUAAUUGUUCUGCCAAGGAUAUGAUGUUGCGGAAUCGUAGUUGUUCCACGAAGGAUAGGAUGUUGCGGAAUCAUAAUUGUUCCAGGAGGGAUAGGAUGUUGAUGCUCUAUAAUUGUUCCUGGAAGGAUAUGAUGUUGCGGAAUCGUAAUUGUUCCAGGAAGGAUAGGAUGUUGAUGCUCUGUAAUUGUUCUGCCAAGGAUAUGAUGUUGCGGAAUCGUAGUUGUUCCGGGAAGGAUACGAUGUUGAAGGCACCUUACUAUACAUCCAUUUCAGAUGCAUUGCUGCUGAGGCAAAAAACGAAACGGCAACUUGAAGGCAACUCACGAUGGCGAAUAACACUUGAAGUAGCAACAACAUCGACGUUCGAUCCAGAGGCGACAUGGCGCAAUGACAGUCGCUUCCCGGUGGUGUCGAAUACUGAACGAAUACAGCUUGUACGGUGCUUUUGA